AUGGCACAACAAACCGACUACAAGUUUGAGGGGUGGAUGGGCCUCGAUAAGGACGCUGCCGAUGGGAAGAUGGUGUGGCAGGAGUUUGAGCCCAAGCCGUGGGAGGAGACGGAUGUUGAUAUUAAGAUCUCCCAUUGUGGGAUCUGCGGGACUGAUAUGCAUACGCUUCGCAGUGGCUGGAACCCAACCAUGUACCCCUGCUGCGUGGGCCACGAGCUUGUCGGGACAGCCGUGCGGGUGGGAUCCCAAGCCGUGGGAGGCAUCAAACUCGGUGAUCGCGUCGGCGUCGGCGCUCAGAGCGAAUCCUGCCUCGGGCGGUUAGGCGACUGUCCCGAAUGUGCGAUGGGCUGGGAGCAGUACUGCCCGCACAUCAAGGGCACAUACAACAGCACGUUCCUGAACGGCGGUAAAACCUACGGCGGAUACGCGCUGUACAACCGCACGCCGUCGCACUUCGUCGUCAAGAUCCCCGACGCCAUCCCCUCGGCGCAGGCAGCGCCCAUGCUGUGUGGAGGCGUCACUCUGUACAGCCCGCUCAAGCACAACCAGUGCGGGCCUGGAAAGCGCGUCGGCAUCAUUGGUGUUGGAGGCCUGGGCCACUUCGGUGUGCUCUUCGCUAAGGCUAUGGGCGCGGACAAGGUCGUUGCCAUCUCGCGCAAGGCGAGCAAGAGCGAGGACUCGUUGAAGAUGGGCGCCGACCUGUACAUUGCUACUGAGGACGAGCCCGACUGGGCUACUAAGCAUGCGCGGUCGUUGGACCUGAUCGUCUGCACGGUGUCUUCGACGAAGAUGCCCAUGGCGCAGUAUCUGGGUCUUCUUGCGACCAACGGCAGUCUCGUGCAGGUCGGACUCCCCGACGACGGUAUGCUGUCGGCACCUGUUCCCAACCUGAUGCGGCGCCUCAAGGUCGAGAGCUCGCUGAUUGGGAGCCCUGACGAAAUCCGGGAGAUGUUCCAGUUGGUGGCCGAUAAGGGGAUCAAGGCGUGGAUCGAGGAGAUCCCCAUGAAGGAUGCCAAUCGGGCGAUUGUGGACAUGCAUGAUGGCAAGGCUCGCUACCGGUAUGUCCUGGUCAAUGAGGAGCAUUGA